GGAUAAUGUUUUGGUUCUCGUUUGAUUGGAACUGAUAUUUGUCCUGACCAGACCGACCAGACAUUUUGGAUGUUAUUGAUUUUCUGAAGGCAGGAGAAUGGCAUCUAGACCACGAGAAGUUUUCUCCUUCAAAGACUCAGAACUUCCCUCCCACCUACUUGCCCAGCUCAACAUCCUCCGGCAGGAGCGCAUCCUGACAGAUGUCUUCCUCUGCACGGACCACCAGGAGAUCCCCUGCCACCGCAACGUCCUGGUGUCCAGCAGCCCGUACUUCCGUGCCAUGUUUUGCAGCAACUUUCUGGAGAGCAGUCAGGCCCGAGUGAAUCUGAAGGGAAUCUCUUCAAAUGUCCUCAGUGGCAUCGUGGACUAUGUCUACACUGGCUGCAUCACCAUCACCAUGGAGAUUGUGCUCCCGCUCAUGCAGGCAGCGUCCAUGCUUCACUAUGGAGGUCUCUUUGAGGCCUGCUCCAUGUUCCUCCAGGAGCAGCUGAGUCCAGAGAACUGUCUGAGCAUGAUCCGACUCUCUGAGAUCCUUCACUGUGAGAGUUUGAGGGAGAGGGCAAAGGAGAUGGCUGUUCGGUGUUUCUCUGAUGUUGCUGCUACAGAGGACUUCUGUGAGUUGUCGCUCCCUGAGCUCAUGUGUUACCUGGAAGACGACCGACUUUGUGCUGAGGAGGAACAAGUGUUUGAGACCCUCCUGGCAUGGAUCCACCAUGACCCGUUCUCACGACGCGGUGCCAUCCACGAUCUCUUCAAGAAAGUCCGUCUUCGCUACAUCCAUCCGACUUACCUCUUCCAGUUUAUUGCCAAUGACCCACUGGUGCAGUCCUCCACCCUCUGUACUGAGAUAAUCGAGUCGGUGCGUCGCCUCAUGCUUACAGUCAGCACAAAGUGUAGCAGAGAGCUCAAGCCUCUUUGGACCACACCACGACGUUACACCUGCAGAGAGACACUGGUGGUGGUUGGAGGACGCAAAAACAAUGAACAGACCUCACGAGAAGCCCUGCUGUAUGACGAAAGGACUCAUCGCUGGCAGUGGUUGGCCAAGCUCCCCCUGCGCCUCUACAAAGCUGCAUAUGUGUGUAUUCAUAGCAUCCUCUAUGUGCUUGGCGGGCUCAGCCUCUGCAUGGCAUCAGGUGACAGCUCAGUCAGCGCUACAGUUUACACGCUCUCCCUUAAGACCAACCAGUGGCGAACUGCUGAGCCCAUGUUGGAGCCCCGAUACGCCCACCAAAGUGUAUCCUAUCUGCAUUUCAUUUUUGUGUUAGGAGGCAUUGGGGUACACAAGAGAAUUUCCCAGUCAGUAGAGAGGUAUAACAGUAUGUUUAAUCAAUGGGAGGCCAUGGCACCAAUGCCCACAGCGGUGCUGCAUCCAGCUGUGGCAGCCAGUGAUCAGAGGAUCUAUGUUUUCGGAGGGGAGGACGCCAUGCAGAAUCCAGUCAGGCUGAUCCAGGUGUAUCACAUCUCUCGCAACCUGUGGUCCAGGCUGGAGACGAGGACAGUGAAAAAUGUUUGUGCUCCCGCCGCCGUCAUUGAAGACAAGAUCUACAUCAUAGGAGGAUACACCAGGCGAAUGAUCGCCUACGACACCAAGGCCAACAAAUUUGUCAAGUGUGAGAACCUGAAGGAGCGGCGGAUGCAUCACAGCGCUACAGUGAUCAACAACAAGCUCUAUGUCACCGGUGGACGCAUCCUCAACGGCCACGACGUCAUCGAGGACUCGGACUGCUUCGAGUGUUACGAUCCGAAGACAGACGUUUGGACCUCCAAAGGUUCUUUGCCGUACAAGCUAUUUGACCACGGCUCACUGCCGCUGGUCUGUGUUUCCAACAGACCCAACCCACCAUGA